CGUACGUACCUUGAUGCCGUCGUCAGAUCCAGCCGCCACCGGCCGGCGCUGAUCAAAGCGGCGGCAGUUGGCGCCGGGUCACACGUACGCUUUUAGCGCGCGGCAGCUAGCGAAUAGCGAUCGCCGUCGACGUUUCCAGUUCGCGAGUGGGGGGGAGAAUUCGAGUACGGAACCGGCAGCCCUGGGAGGAGCCGAGGAGGAGGACGCGCGUGUGAAUCAUGCAUGCGGGCAGUUUCGUGGGCUCUCGGGCCUCGGUGGCCCAGAAUCAUCCUAUUUCGGCCUUGCAAUGCCAAUGGGCGAUAUGUGCGGUACGCGCGCGCACACUUCUUUAGCGGCCGAUGUGCCCCGCCAAUGGCGAUGAUGGCAAGCGAUGCGGUGUCGUGGAGCAGUGGACGGGGCCCGACGAGCGGAGGCGGAGGCACGCUUGGAGGAGAGCUGCAAGGGAGCAGAAGGUGCGCGUCCAUUCUUAGCAAACCAUCCUCCCAUUCCCUCCUCUCCCUCCAGGCGCCGAAACCGCGGGAGAGGCCCAAAGGAUGCGCACCAAUUGAGGAUCGCCGAUCCGGACCCAUGGAGCAGCUCCGCCAGGUGGGCGAGGCCCUCGGCGGCGUCACCGCGCUUAUGUCCUUCGCCGACGACCUCCGCAUCAACCCGCGCCAGUGCCGCCUCCUCGCCGACGCUUGCGCGCUCGCCUUCGCGUCCGUCGCCGCCGAGGUGCGCGCCCACCUCCGCUUCCGCGAGCGCGCGGCGAAGUGGAGGCCCCUGGAGGGGCCCCUACGUGAGCUCCACCGUGCCGUCCGCGACGCCGAGGGCUACGUCCGCCACAGCCUGGAGCCGCGCGACAGCUGGUGGGCGCGCGCCGCCGGGGCCACGCACGGCGCCGACUGCGUCGAGCAGCACCUGCACAGCCUGCUCUGGAGCGUCGCCGUCGUGAUCGAGGCCGUCGAGGCCGUCUCGGAGGUGACCGGGUCCGACCCCGACGAGCUCGCCCGGAGGCGGCUGCUGUUCGCCAAGGACUACGACAGGGACAUGCUCGACCCCAGGCUGUUCCGGCAGAGGCUCGGCGGGCGGUAUCUGGCCACCCGCGAGCUCGCCGCCAGGAUGGACACGGCGUGGAAGGAGGACAGGUGGCUCCUGUCCCAGCUCCUCGAGGAACGGAAGGACCCGGCGUCGACGGAAACGCUGACGCGGAACGAGCACCGGCUCGCCGACCUCCUGACGGCGCCGCGGGGGAAGGUGCACCCGGCGUCCCUGCUCCUGCAUGGCGACUUCCACGUGCGAAGGCGCCUUGCGGGCAACCUCAAGGAGGUGCAGUGGAUGGGGGAGGCCUUCGCGGUGAAGCACUUCGUCGGCGCCGACGCCGACGCCGUGGGCGCCGAGGUCCCGCUGCUCACACUGGUGUCGCACCCCAACGUGGCGCACUGCCGGUACUGCUUCCACGACGAGGACAAGAGGGAAUUCUUCCUCCUCAUGGACGAGCUCAUGACCAAGGACCUGGCCUCCCACGUCAAGGAGGUGAACAGCGCCAAACGACGGGUGCCGCUCCCGCUCGUCGUCGUCGUCGACGCCAUGCUGCAGAUCGCGCGCGGCAUGGAGUACCUGCACUCCAAGAAGAUCUACCACGGGGACCUCAACCCGACCAACGUGCUCGUCAAGGCGCGGCACGCCGACGCGCACCUGCACGUCAAGGUCACCGGGUUCGGGCAGUCCGUCGUUGCCGCGGCCAGCCCAAGGCCGAGCCCGAGGGCAUCGGCGAACGCGAACGCCAAUAACGCCAGCGCCGCCGCCAACCCCUGCAUCUGGUACGCGCCGGAGGUGCUGGAGCAGGAGGCGGCCAGGUGCAGCGAGAAGGCGGACGUGUACAGCUUCGCCAUGGUCUGCUUCGAGCUCCUGACCGGCAAGAUCCCGUUCGAGGACAACCACCUGCAGGGCGAGCACAUGAGCAAGAACAUCCGCGCCGGCGAGCGGCCGCUGUUCCCGUUCCAGGCGCCCAAGUACCUGACCAGCCUCACCAAGCGGUGCUGGCACGGCGACCCGGCGCAGCGCCCGGCGUUCGCGUCCAUCUGCCGCGUCCUCCGCUACGUGAAGCGGUUCCUGGUCCUGAACCCCGCACCGGCGGACCAGCCCGACGCGCCGCCGCCCUUGCCACCGGUGGACUACCUCGAGGUGGAGGCGAGCCUGCUGAGGAGGUUCCCGGCGUGGCAGGCCGGGAGCGCGGCGCCGCGCGUCUCCGACGUGCCGUUCCAGAUGUUCGCGUACAGGGUCGUGGAGAAGGAGAGGACCAGGGCGGCCAUCCUGCACAUCGCCAGGGACAAGGCUUCCGACUCCAGCAGCGACUGCAACUCGCUGUGCGGGGACGAGAGCGGCGGCAGCCUCGGCGCGGUGCUGUCGGACCCGGAGGCGCUGUCCGUGUCCAGCCGCGGCACGGUGCGGUCGCUGUCGGACCGGAGCGGCAGCAGGAAGGCGUCGCCGAGGAAGCUAGAUCGCAGGAUCACCGCCAGGCUAGCAGGGCCGCCGCAGAAGUCCAAGUCGAUGGGUGUGGUUAGGCAGCCGCCGCAGGUCAUCAGGCGGACGCAGAGGAUCAAGUCCGACGGCCAUCUCAAUUCUGCCGUGGUUCCGGCCAGACGGCGGCUCGUGUCCGUGGCCGCUUCAGGCGGGGGGCACCUUUCAGACUCCGAACUAGCCUAAGCAAUGCUCAGGAUGAGCGCUGUUGUAUGUCGAUGACAAUUUUGUCCAUUAUUAGACCAUUGAUUCUAUCUAUGAUAACCAUACCUCACA